AAAUGGUUCGAUUUUCGGGUCUCCUGGUUACCCGAAAACCAUGGCGACAUCAGACAAGUAUUUCUUCCCUCCAACAAUCUCUGGUUGCCCGACAUCGGCGUUUUGAACGGAAGAAAAAGCUCACACUUCGACUUUAGUAGUGAGCACCACUCUCGUCUGAGCGUGAAUUGGCAAGGAGAGAUCACUUGGAUGUACGGAGUCAUUCUGGACGUGACAUGUCCACUCAACGUCUCUUUCUUUCCCUUCGACACACAGACGUGCCACUUAAUUCUUGCGCCCUGGCAGAGUGACAAUCGGCACAUCAUCAUGAGAACCGUGCAGCACGGUUCUAUUGUUGACAACAGGUAG